UUUUUUUUUUUUUUUUUUCUGGGCCACCAAGCCCCGCCCACUUUAGAAUCCUUGCUUCAUAUUAAUCAUCUCCUAUGCAAAAUGUUAUAAUAAUCGAUCACCGUGAUUUGCAUCUUCUAGCUUUCUGAUUGGAGGACACUGGGGAGAAGGCGUGCCCUCUGCGACAUCCUCUAACGUGAUUGGAUGGCAUCAGUGCCCGCCUCCACCGGUGUGUAAUGCAGCAGCGGAGAUGGACGCGCUGGUGAGCCGCUCCACUGCGUCGCGUUUGGUUCUGCGUUUUUUCCACUAGCCGUUAACCAAAGCGUACGGGAUCAUCAGCGCGUUUGAUUGAAACGGACGCAGUUCGACGCUCUCCAUCAUAGGAUCUCAAGCCAGCAGGAUGGCAGGCGCGGUGGGUGGCGGUAGGGGCUGCGUGACGCUCCACGGCGCUCAGAUCCGGGACCUGCUGGACGCCAAACACAACGUGCUGUUCGAUUGCGACGGCGUCAUCUGGAACGGCGAAACGGCCGUGAGCGGAGCCCCGGAGGUGGUGACUUUGCUGAAGCAGCGGGGCAAACGCGUGUUUUUCGUCACCAACAACUGCACCAGGCCGCGGGAGAACUACGUGCAGAAGUUCAGCCGCCUCGGCUUCACGGACGUGGCGGAGGAGGAGAUCUUCAGCUCGGCGUACUGUUCCGCCGCGUACCUGCGCGACGUGGCGCGGCUGCAGGGAAAGGUGUAUGUGAUCGGCUGCGGCGGGGUGAUGAAGGAGCUGCGGGACGCCGGCGUGCCCGUGGUGGAGGAGGAGGACGCGGAGCCGGGCGCCAGCAUCUAUAACUGCCCGCUGGACCCGGAUGUGAAGGCUGUGCUGGUGGGAUACGACGAGAACUUCACCUUCAUGAAGCUCGCCAAAGCCUGCUGCUAUCUGAGGAACUCUGAGUGCCUGUUCUUGGCCACUGACCCGGACCCCUGGCACCCGCUGAGAGGAGGCAGGAUCACCCCAGGUUCUGGCAGCCUCACGGCUGCUCUGGAGACGGCCAGCAGCAGGAAGGCCACGGUCAUCGGUAAGCCCAGCCGCUUCAUGUUCGAGUGCAUCGCCAGCCAGUUCGACCUGGACCCGGCGCGCUCGCUGAUGAUCGGAGACCGGCUGGAGACGGACAUUCUGUUCGGCAGUAACUGCGGCCUGGCCACGGUGCUCACGCUGACCGGCGUCUCCACGCUGGAGGAGGCGCUCGCCUACAGAGACAGCCAGGAGCCGCAGCAGAAGGACUGCACGCCCGAUUACGUGGUGGAUUCUGUGGCUGAUUUCCUGCAGGCGCUGGAGGAGUGAAAACUACAGCUUCAAACCUUCAAUCCCGAUGCUGUUUCUCAAAACGGACUGGUAACGUCGGCACCACAUCAAUCACUGUCCGACACCGGACGCUCACCUUAAUGCUCUGAUGAGCUUCACUGUCACCCAACAGCUGGUCAGAAGACAAUCAAGUUCCUUCCCUUGAAUCCAACAUGAAUUUCUAAUGGUGAUGUAAACCGCAUUGGUGAUUAGUUAAGUCUAGUUAAAGCACUGUGCCAAUUGAAUUCUCUACUUAGUAAUGGGACGGUUUAGAGCAGUUUGACCAAUGCAGUGAAUAAUUCAGUUUUAUGUGCCAACUACUGUACGUGUAUUUAUUGAAUCAUUUUUAUUUAGAUAGAAUUAGUGUUGUUUGACUGAGAUGUUGUUCAGAUCUUGGUGAAAAUGUCUGAAUACUGCUCACUUGUUUGUUGAUUGGGUUUCAACUGCCUUUAUUAACAGAAGUGACCUUUCUGACCGGAGUAGUUGAUGUUUGCGAGCCGCUUGUUAUUCUGUGGUUCGGUUUAAUGUAAAACUCAAAAACGUGUGAAACAUCUGCAAAUCUGACGUGCCAAAAUCAUCCCGUGUGAAACCACUGAAUGUGAACCUGCAUGAAUGAGAAAAUGAUUAUGUAGUGAUUUUGAUUCUAGUCGGUCAACCUUUCAUGGAAACUGGACUAUUUUGAGUGAUUUCUGGUCAUUGUUCAUUGUCUUUAGACUUUGUGUCCAUUAUGAACAUCUGAUUCUGAACAGUAAUAAUAUGGAAGGAAACACCAGAUGUCUAAAUGAAUCUGAAGUCAACUGUGAACUGCUUUGAUGGAUUUAAUGCUCUCUCUGUGGUGUGAAUUAACUUUUUUAGAAAUAAAAAUAUGCCUUGUA